CAUAUGUUUGCGCUUCUGAGCUUAAUAAUACCGCAGCGGCCUUAACAGCGGCCUCGGCAGGGCCCCGUGGGCCGGGUAGCCCAUUCCCAAGCCUACCCACCUUCCGAGUAAUUCCAUUUAAGUUGGGUCCCGGGCAGUAGCUACAAUGUUUAUAUCUAAUUCCAACAUCCUAGGUCAAACCGCCUUAUCCACGCGUGGUUGGGUCGUUAUUCACGUUCGGCGAAGUCACCGGACAUGGGGUUGCGAGCGCCGCCGCUCACAAGUGCAUUGCUCAGCUCGCUCUGGUAAACGUGGUGCUGGCGAACUGCAUGACCCAUGGCGGGAGGAGGAGCGGCGCCAAGCGCUUCUGAACUAUGUUCGUGAAGUCCAACCGCAGUCCGUUGCCCAGUUCGCCGAGCAGACCCACCCCGUGGUGGUGCAGGCCAUGCGCCAAACCGUGCUCAACGUGGUGGGCAGCCUGCCUCCUCAGUACUUUGACGUGCGCAUCAGCACCAUGGCGGAGAGCCUGGCGCAGCUGAUGCUGUCCAUCAUGACCACCGGCUACAUGCUGCGGUCGGCGCAGUUCCGACUAGAGCUGCAAAAGUCGCUGAAGCAGCUCUCCUCCGUCUCAUCCGCCCCUUCGGCGGAACCCGCUGCUAUUAUAGAACCCCCAGCGAUCUCCAUCCCCGCCAUCGCCACAACAACAACCGCCGCUUACACCAGCAGCAGCAGCAGCAGCACAGCCGCCUCCCCGCCUUCCUCCCCUCUCACCACCUUCGACGACGCCAGCAACAGCAGCACCACCACCACCGGCACCACCGCCUCCUCCUCCGCAUCUGCAUCCUUCCUGCACGACGGUGAGGGCUCCCCCUACGCCCCGGGCGUGCAGAAGAAGGGGCUGGCGGGUGAGGUGCUGAGGUGGCAUCUGGGGCGGGGCGAGGUGGAGCGGCUGGGGGCGGGAGAGUACAUCGAGAUGCUGGAGCGGGAGCUGGCGGCGCUUAGAGCGCAGGUCUCCAGUGGCGCCUUCCCACCAGGGACACCUGCCGCCGCCUCCGCACCCAUGCCGCCUCCUCCUCCGCCCCCUCCGCCACCCUCCGCCUCCACCCCAGCCGGCACCGUAGAAGUCCUGGGGCCCUACCCUUCACCCUCCUCGUCAUACAAAUCCUCCUCCUCCUCCUCCUCCUCUUCGCUAUCAGGGCCCCCCAGCCAGGAACUCGUGUGUGUCAGCCCGCUGCCGGGUUUCGGAGAGCGCGACGGGCCCGGAGUGCCGUACAUUAGCACUGCCAGCGACGGCAGCAUCAGCGGGAUGAGCGGGGCGCUAGCUCCCUCCCCUGCUGCCAACAGCGCUGCUGCCCCUGCUACCAUGGGUUGCGGCGGCAUUCCGUUGGUGGUUGGGUCGCCGUUGGGGCUGCCGCGCAAUGAGCUGCUGGACUAUCUGCAUGGGCUGCAGGCCGGCGGCUCCGGCAGUUUCAAGGAGCUGGCCUGCUCGCCCUCCACCUCCAGCGGGCAGGCGGUGAAGGAGGCCAUGGAGCUCUUCGUGGCGAGACUCAUGGGCACAGCGGACCCGGAGGCCCUCACCAAGCUCAACAGCGAGUUCAGCUCAGUGGAGCUGAGCAAGGUGCUGUUCUGGCUCAUGGCGGUGGGCUACACGCUCAAGAGCAUUGAGGCGCGUCUCGACAUGGAGGAUGGUAUGGGCGGCAGCAGCAGUGGUGGCGGCGGUGGCGGUGGCGGUUUGAGCCCCGGGGGCGGUCGAGGAGGCGGCAACGGCAGCAGCAGUGGCGGUAACAACGGCAGCAGCCGCGGCAGCAGCAGUAAGGGAAAGAACGAGCGGAAGGGCGGCUUCGGCGGGCUGCGGGGGCUACUACCGGGGUUUUGAAGGUGCCGUACACUCAUGCCGGGGACGUGUAUGCUGGGGAGCUACCUAAUGGAGCGCACGCAAUGCACCGAAACUAAUAUAAGAGGUGCCAGCUAGGCUAGGAAAGGGCUCACCCUUUGUCCCAAUUAUAUCGCAGCAAUUUUGGACACAUCCCCACGUGCUGCUGCAGCCUAGGCCCUUCGCAAGCCGGCGGGGUUUACGGGUUACAAUCAUUACAUGUGUAUGGGUUGGGAACGGGCUAACAUGUAUAUGAUAGCCAAUUGGCACGUCCGGUGGCACAGGAGCUCGUAAGAACAAAGGAAACAAAGGGCGAACGGAGGUUUGCGCAUACUAGGAUCUGGCCCUAAAAAUGAGAAAUUAACCCCGCGGGUUUUUGCCUGGCAGUAUCCGGCUGGCGUUCGAGGUAACCCUGUAGGACAUGGCACCAUUGGAUAGUGUAGACUGACAGGCGUCCUGCCGUACAUUUUGCCAGCAUGUACGGCGGAUAUUGCUUGUCACUGAUGGGUCCUGACCUCCUGAGUUUUCCCGCUGGCUUAAGCGGCGGCAGUUGGCAUAUGCAGCGGCAGUUGAAACAUGUCGUUGUGGCGUUGAGAAGAUAUAAAUUCCCGUUUACUUGGCACUAUUUGGUGCUUCCGUGUGCUACUAAUCUGACUUGAGAGGCAAGCCGAUUGCGGAGAUCUGGAGUGUACAUGACGGUCGGGCGCGAGAGGAUGGCUUUGAGAGGGGGCCAGGAGCCUGAGUCGCAAGGGGUAAAGAUGAAGGAGGGGAGGCGAGGAACCGGAAUGUUCCCAGGGUUCUAACUUAAAUAAUGGAUUCUCUUCCAGAUCUCCUGGGUCUAUUUUGUAUAUUAGGUCUAUAGGCCCUGCUAGCUAUGGCAGGUGGGCCAGGCUGGAAUAAUCUGGCAACCGUUGCUGUCAGUCGUUGAGGGGACGUCCAGUGGUUUGACCGCGCAAGGGUUCGCUGAGUCACAGUUCACAUGAUAGGCACCACUGCACGUGCUGUUUGCGUAAUAGCAAAGAAUAUGCUGCUACGACAGCCAUAAUCCUUACAAGGGAAGGGACUUCAACACAGAUCUCUUCAAUGGAACCUUGUAACCAAUCCUUGCACA